AAGGCACACACCACAGUCCACUUCCCUUAUUGCUAGGGACCCACAACCCUCAGUAAGACAACCAAUGAGGUAAUGAAACCUGUCAAAUGUCAUGUCACUAUUAAUACAUAGAGAGAGAUUAGAAGAAGUACAGAUGAUCUAUAAAAUACGGGCUAUAUUCAAUUAGUUUUAAACCAUAAGUGCAACUACUACCGAGUAGUCUAACCCAGUAACUCACUCCUAAGUAAGAACAAAUCAAAAUCUGACAAAAAAGGGAAAAAAGAAACACAACCACUGCUGCAGCAACAACUUGUAAUCCCCUUCGGAGUUUUAUCAAAUCAAAAUCAAAUGCUUUAAUAAAUGAACGAAAAAUCUUCACCGUUGCGGAGCGUGUGAACACGUUUCUCUCUCUCUCUCUCUCUACUAUCCUCUCUGCUAAGUGUGAAAAGGAUUCCGCAUCCAACAUUCUCUUUCUUUCUCUCUCUCAGGUCCUCUUGGAAAAGAAAGCAAGGUCUGGUCUUCUUCAUUAAUGGAACUUCAACUAAGAUUUGAAAGCCACUUUUUCUAAGCUCAGAUGUUUUCGCAAGCUUUGCUCAUUUCCUAUCGUCUCAACUCUUUCUCAAAAGUGUCUGCUUUUUUUCUCUAAUGGCGGCGAUUAUUUCUUGUUUUCAACGUCCCAAGUUACCCAAAGCUAUAGCCUUUUCAGCUAAACUCUCAGGUUUCGUGUGAGAAGACCAUGGAGGACUUGUACAGGCUUAAUGAUCCUACAAUCUCGUGUUCAAAUGAUAUUGUAAGGGUUAAUAACUUUGCUGCAGCUGUUGCCACUGAUUUUCUCAGUCCAGUGGAUCAUUUACUUCAAUUUGAUCAUCAAGCAGCUGAUACAGAUGCCACUGGAUCAGAUGUGUCUGAUCUGAUCAAAACCCAGAUCGCCAGUCACCCUCGUUAUCCAAACCUAGUAUCUGCUUACAUAGAAUGCCAAAAGGUUGGAGCACCGCCUGAGCUGGCCUCUCUUCUGGAAGAAAUUGGCCGAGAGAACCACCGGAUAAACGGUUGCAGUGAUAUAGGAGCUGAUCCAGAACUUGACGAGUUCAUGGAAUCAUAUUGUGAGGUUCUUCAUAGAUUCAAAGAGGAGCUAUCAAAGCCGUUCGAUGAAGCUAUAACGUUCUUGAGCAACGUCAAAUCACAGCUAAGUAACCUCUGUAAAGGAGCACUGACAAAAACCUUGGAUUAUCGCUAUGAUGAAACUGCUGGGACUUCAGAGGAAGAGUUAAGUUGUGGGGAGGUGGAAGCUACUGAAAAUCAAGAAUCUCCAGGUGGCCAUCUUAGCCAGGACAUCAAAGGAAUGCUCAUGCGCAAAUACAGUGGCUAUCUGAGCAGUUUGAGAAAAGAAUUCUUGAAGAAAAGAAAGAAGGAUAAGCUACCAAAAGAUGCAAGGAUGACACUGCUAGAUUGGUGGAACAAUCGUUAUAGAUGGCCAUAUCCUACGGAGGAGGAGAAGUUGAAAUUAUCAGAGAUAACAGGACUAGACCAGAAGCAAAUCAACAAUUGGUUCAUCAACCAGAGGAAGCGGCACUGGAAACCAUCCGAAGAUAUGAAAUUUGCUCUUAUGGAGGGCGUAGCCGGACACAUUGGAGGACCUAUGUACUUAGAUACUGGAGUUGGAACUGAAAGUGAUGGUAUUUGAUAAAAAAAAAAACUUGAUUUUUAAAUAUCCUUUUUUACGUGUAAUAUUAUUUAGAUCUACAACAUAAUUUAGUCUGCAAUCCAACGCAAAUAUGUAAAUGUUGUUAUUCUUAAUCGUUUGUGUAAUUUUUUGAAGUUAGUAAACAAUAUUCUAAUUGAUUAGUCUCACGGCACUUGCCAUGGAAAAAGUUCAUAUUAAACAUGAUAAUUCUCAAUGCAUUGAAUGGUACAGAUAUUUCAAUAUUAAUUCAAUUAAGUCUCUAUUGUGUGCAAGCGCUAAGUUCAUAAUUAAUUUCUGUAGAGCAUGCAAGAAGCUCCUGAAAAUGUUGCAAAAAAAAAAAAA